AGCAACCGUAUUUCACACUAAUCGUUGUGGAUUACGAGAAAAUGUUGGUUUUAAUUCUCUUAGGUUUAGUUAUUUGUGUGAGUGGACAGGAUUAUAAAUUAAAUAUUGUACAUUACAAUGAUUUUCAUGCGAGGUUCGUAGAAACUAGUCAAUCGGGUAGGAUUUGUGACCCAGCAGCAGGACCAUGCAUUGGGGGCUUCGCCAGACUGGCGACAAAGAUUCGAGAAUCAGUGCAAAAAGAGACCAACACCCUGGUGCUAAACGGUGGUGAUACCUUCCAAGGUACCAUCUGGUUCAAUCUUUUGAAGUGGAACGUGUCGAAAGACUUUAUGAAUAUGGUGUAUCAUGAUGCUCAUGUACUAGGAAACCAUGAAUUCGAUCAUGGAGUAUCGAAACUGGUUCCUUACCUCCAAAACCUUGAACAUGAAGUGGUAACAGCCAACAUAAUAGAUGAUGAGGAACCCAGUAUUCAGGGCUUAUAUAAGCCAAGUAUUGUAGUGCAGAAGAAUGGAAGAAAGAUUGGUAUCAUUGGCGUUAUUAUUUCAAGUACUAAUGAAUUAGCUAUGACUGGAAAACUUAAAUUUAAAGACGAAGUUGAAACAGUAAAAGCUGAAGCUGAGAAAUUGACUCAACAAGGCGUUGAUAUUAUUGUAGUUUUAUCACACUGUGGUAUAGAUGUUGAUAAAGAGAUAGCUCGUCGUGCGGGGCCUCACAUUGACAUAAUUGUAGGUGGGCAUAGCCACACACUUCUAUAUAAUGGAGCCCCACCUAUAAACUCUUCUUACACCCCAUAUGGGCCGUACCCACUAACUGUUCAAAAUGAACAUAAACGAGAAGUGUUAAUUGUACAAGCGGGCGCGCAUACGGAAUAUCUGGGUGAAAUCAAAUUAAGUUUCGAUGAUGCCGGUCAUAUAACGGAUUGGAGCGGAAAUCCACAUUAUCUAGGACCGGAAGUUGAAGAAGCUCCUGAUGUAAUGGAGAAAAUCAACGAAUAUUUACCAAGAAUAAACGAGCUAGCAAAAAGGAAAGUGGGUGAAUCAAAAGUAUUCCUCUCUGCAGAUUGUCGCUGUGGUGAGUGUAAUCUAGGAAACUUGAUUUGUGAAGCUUUUAUGCACGCUGUCAUGAAUAAAACUAUAGGAAGUAAUUGGCAUUACGCACACUUCUGUGUAAUGAACAGAGGCUCUAUUCGGAGUGACAUUGUCAGCGGAGAUAUAACGUUCGAAGCCAUGUUACUGUCUAUGCCAUUUGAAAAUACCGUUGAAGUGUUUGACUUACGCGGAGACCAUGUUCUGGAGAUGUUGGAAUACAGCGUAGCCAAUCAACCUUGGGCUGGGGCAAGGAUGUUACAAUACUCUGGUCUUCGAGUUAACUUUGACGGUUCCAGACCACUAAAUCAGCGAGUUCUCAAUGUGACUGUGCGUUGUAUUGAAUGUGAUGUACCACGAUACGAGCCUUUGGACCCCAAUAAGAUGUACAAAAUCGUAACACAAAAUUUCUUGGCUGAGGGAGGUGAUGGUUUUACUAUGAUAUCGAAAAAUCGUGGGCCGAAAGAAAUCAUUGGUAUAGACAGCGACGUCUUUAUGACAUACUUAGAGAGAGAGCUCCCCGUCAUAAGAGACCACGAUGGACGGAUUCAUAUAACAAAUCCCUGCCAAACUGAAAACUGAUGAUGAUCAAAUAGAAUUAAAUCACAAAAUCUAUACAUAAUUGUAUACAUAAUGAAGUUCAGUUAUAAUUAGAAUACCUGAAGGUUUGCGGAGAGAUUGCAGGAUGCAAUGAAACUGCUUAAUUAUUUAUAAAAUUUAAUAAAAAUUAAAAAAAUGCCCUCUAUUUAUUAUAACACUUCCAAAACAAUUAAUUUGUGAAGAAAUGGCCUGGCUAUGCAUUAAUCAAUAUAUUAAAUAUUAUUAUUUUCUUAAUUGUUGUUAAUUUUGGAGUGUAUAUUUUCUUUGGAGUUAAUGGAUCACUCUGAGUACGUCUAUAAAAAAAUAUUGGCCUCUUUGAAGCCUGUCUAAUUGGGACCGGAAGAAUUGAUAAAGGUGAAUACCAUUUAUAAAAAUUCAAGCUCUGAAUAUUGUCCUAACAAUACAUUUUGGUUAGGUAUUCCAGUAAUUACGUUAAAAAUUUUGAAAAUAUCAUUAAAUACUUUACGAUAUUUUUAACAUAUUAUUAGAUUACGUCAUAUCCCUAACUUGCGUACUAACUACCUCACUACUAACUAAUUGACGUGAGACUGAUCUUGAAUUAGUUUAUCAUGAUUUAUGUGCACUUUUUACUGUUUGUUUUUUUUAUGUAUCCUAUUUCAGUUUUCAUUAAAUUAUGUUUCAUGUUUUUAUUCUUUUAUGCAAUGUAACUAAGUGUUCAUAAAAAUAAAUAAAUAAACACUUUGUUCUAAAAAAAUUGUUAAGUUCUACGUGUAACAUACAACAUAACAACAUACAACUGGUGUCCAGUUGGUCAUGACUUUUAGCGACCAGCGUUAAAGCACACACACGAAUAGGUAAAUUAUUGCGUUAGAAGGCGAACGAUGAAAUGUUCACAAGAUGUUGUGGUUGAGGCCACUCAUAAAGGGUUGUAGCCUCACUCAAUGUAUGUAUGUACAUUGCAAUCCCUUAAUUCUAAAAUACUUCGUUUCAAAUAGUUAAUAUGCAGAAUGUUAAGAAAAUCGCUUAGCGAUAAAUGGUUUGGAGGUAUUAAUUUAACUUGCAGCCCGCCUCAAUGUCCCGUGAAAUUGCAUCCGAUGCAAAGCGUUCAAGAGUUUAAAAUUAAACUGCAGUAAAACCUAGCACUUGUUUUGUAUCCUAGUUAAAUUUGUAUGGCCACUUUAUUGCAUUCUCUCUUGAGAAACAUUUUUUUAUUAAUGGUUUAUAUUACAUUAAACGGAUUAUUAAUUUACGUAAUCGGUACAUUAUUUAUAGAAUGGAUCUGUGUUUGAGCGGAAUCUGAUUGAUUUUCAUUUUGAAAAUAAUACAAAAGUUCAUGACUCUCAUCUAAGAUCUUGUUCAAGCCUAUGGUCGAUGAUCUUUCUAGUGAUAUCAGAAUAACAUACCUUUGGUAAAAUAUACUUCAG